UUGCAUCAUCAUCAUCAUCUAUAGAAAUAAUACUACAUUUGUUUCAAAUUAUUUGCAUCGAUUUGACAUAAAAUAUAAUUAAUUUUUUUUAAUUAUUAUAAAUAAUCUAAAACGAAGGUUGUAUCUUUUAUAUUUUCAAACAAAAUCAGAUAAUACAAGUGUACAACCGAAGCCUUAAAUUUGUGCAUUUAUCAUUGACUUCAUUGUCCUUUUACAAAAUCCAAAAAAAAAGUUAAAUAAAAAAAAGAAAAGAAAAAGGCAUUUUGAUAUAUUAAUGUCCUUUCCUUCCUCCAUUCCUCUGAUUCCUCUUCCUAGUUUGUUGGUUUCUUUAGAUUUCUUUCAUUUUCUCUCUCUUCUCUUAGUGAGAGAAAGUGGGUGGGUCCAGCAGAUCCAGUGCUACAAGUUUUCUUCCUCUUCAUCUUCUCAAUCCAAUGAAAAUCCUUCUUUUUUUCUUCAAAUUUUCUUCAUUUCUAAGAAACACCCACUUCAAAAUUUAACCUCUUCUCAAGAUUUUUGGUUGUUUUUGUUUGAAGGCUUAAGAAGAUUUUUGAUACUCUGUCUCAAUUUCAGGGCAAAUAAUGCAGUGCAAAAGCUACUUUCCUGUGUACAAUUCACAAUACGAUCUCAAUGUCGAUGCUAAUGGUGGUGCUACGCCCAUGAUUAUUGGCAAUGGGACCUUUCGAAGUGGGCAUUACCACGACUAUGUGCCACUUUCGCCGGUUCCACCACCAGGGCAGUCCGCUUAUAAGGAAAUGUUGCGUCGGACAAUGGUGCUACAUGAGGUUGCAUUUAAGGAUCAGGUUCAAGAAUUACAUAGGCUUUAUAGAAGACAGAAGGAAUUGAUGGAUGAAGUAACUAAUAAAGAAUUGUAUAUGAGCCAUUUACAAAUAGAAGUCCAAAGAUCAAGUUCAUCAUCGGCAAAGAUAUCAUCUAGAUGUGGUCAAAAUACUCUAAAUAGUGUUCCAUUAAUUAAUUCUCAGUAUACACCAUAUUCCACAGGUAGAGAUAACAAUCCGACAUCUCUCAGUUUUUUGAAUGAACCAAAACCACCUGUCAGUCCCGUAGCUUCACAAACUGGUGGCACUGUGAAUAGUCUGAACUUUGCGGAAUCCAAGUGCAAGAAAGUUAAAGGAAAGCUUUUAGACCUUGAGCUUCUGGCUGAGAUGUACAUCGACAGUGAUGAAGAGAGAUCUAUAGAAGAUGUGGAAUUCUCAAAGGCCCCUACUCCUACCACUCUGCCUUCAAAUAAAAGGUUCAAAGUAGGGGUUGAGACUUAUGCAAUGGCUUCCACAGCAAAGAGAUCAUUGGGUCCUGUUUUGCAAGGAGAGCUUCUUAGUCCUUGCUCAAUUACAGGGAGCAAAAUUACUUUGGCCGACUUAAAUGAACCUCUGGCGACAUCGUGUUUGGAAGAGAGUGGUGGGGACAAAAGAAUUAGCUCUUUCCUGGAAAUCUCGGAAAUUAAUCAUGAUCUGUCUGAUAUCGAGAAUACUAUAUCAGAUGGUAUUGCUGAUAAUGUGACAGGGAAACCUCUUGCUCAAUCUGACAAGGCUAAAUCUGAGGUGGGUUUUGCUACAUCUGGGAGAAAGCCUUCCUACAGUUUGGGGCAGAUUCCUCUUGUGGUUCAAGCACUUCCCUCUUUCGACAACCAACUAACCAGCAGUAAAGGUGCUAGAAACUGUGGCAGACGGAAAGGGCCCAUUAAUGAUAAGGUCGAUGCUAGUCUACUGUGUAGUCCAAAUUUUAGGGUAGCUAAGUCCUUAAGAAGCAGCUGUUCUGACGUCAAGUCCAAAGAAUCAGUGGUUUGCAUGUCAUCCAAAACUUCUGAUUUAAACUGCUUUGAUUUGAACUCUGUUGUGAUGGAAAAUUCAGAAUUUACACCAUCAGAUGAUACAUCAAAUAACGGAUCUUCCGCUGAAGCUGAAACUGUGAAAAAGAGCAAGAUAUGCAGAAUGAUUGAUAUCAACUUGCCAUGUGAUUUCAUGACCGAUGAAGAGCCAGUUAUUCAAGAUGAUAAAAUUGUACAUGAUCAUGAGAACUCAGGUCGGUUGAAAUUGAAUUUUUGUAUGAAUGAUGACAGUUUACAGCCAAAGUCACCCUCUUUGGACAAAACUCAGUUAGAAAUUGAUUUGGAGGCACCUAUUAGCCCAGAAGUAAAGGAGCGCUCACCACCUAGAGGAGACUCUGAAGAUAAUCAGUCAGAAGAGGGUAGUGACCUCUUUUUGGAACUUGCAAAGAUUGCAGCUGAUGCCAUUGUAUCCAUUUCUUCAUCUAGUUCUCAAUCUUACCAAGAGAAUUUGGGCUUGCGAAAAUGUGAAGCUUCUGACAGUGGAAAUCUAGAAUGGUUUGCUGGGUUAAUCAACUCCCUUUCCUCUGACCUAGAGAAUGAUUUCGACACAAUGAACUGCAAGGAUACUUGUAGUAUUGAUGAUUUUGAGGCAAUGACAUUGGAACUCCCUGAAUUGAAAUCGGAAGACUUUUUGUGUAAAAGCAAUGUCCAAAUCUCAAAUGAGACUUGCUUGACAGUGUUGCCUUGCCAAACAAGAAGGGGUCGAACAAGGAGGUCAAAGAGGAAGGACUUCCAAAGGGAAGUUCUGCCUUCACUUGCGUCUCUCUCAAGGUACGAGGUUACUGAGGAUAUUAUGAUGAUAGAAGGGCUUAUGGAAGCAGCGGGUACCCCUUGGAGUCUAAGUAAGACAAGGAGAGCUUGUAGGACGGGAAGAAAACCUCGGGCGGCGAAGCAGCCGACUUUUGAUGAAAAAGUUCAAGAAUUGAGUGCUCUUAUCAGCUGGGGUAAGGUCAACAGGCGGCCUAGAGGACGAAGAAGUCCUGCUAGUCCUACUACUAUAUCAAAAUGGCUCGGACAUGAUUUAUGAGAGGAUUUUUAUCACAGAAGUAUGCAGUUUCCGAUUCAAAAAUCAUGUAUUUACAUACUUAUUGAUUGAAUGGCCCUCUUUUUUAUUGUUAACUUAGGAUCAUCAUUUAGAGCAGGAUAUAGAGCUUUGAUAUUAUUUCCAUGUCUGAAAUAGAUGUGAUGCAUUGUCUAUUGUCACUUUUAACGCUGACUGUCGGAUUACGCCUAUUUGUGACGUAAAUUUGAGAAAGCUAGUGAAGAGAGGCUGUUCUGUAUAUUUUGAAAUUGGAAAAAUAGAUCAAAAUUUCUUUUGGUUUUUAA